AAAUUUUAAUUCAACAUGUAAAAUGUGCUGUUCGUUGAUUGAUCCCGCAAACGUUCCGAGGACAAGCGGAAUGGAUCAAUGUUGCGCAUGCUGGCGCAUGUGAGAUGACGGCACGUGAGAUGCUGCGUUGUGUCAUCUCCGCGCUCUGUCCUCUCGUCCUUUCCUCGUUAUCGUCACACUUGUCGUCAGUCUGUUAGACAGGAACAGUUAAACAGUAAAACGCAAAAUGAAAGACCACGACGGAACGCCCCAUCAAAGAAAGCCUACGAAACUCAGGAAUCUUGCGGACAAGACGGAGGCGUUUGAUUCCUUACACUCGAGAAAUGCCGAGAAAAUUCUUUGCUCGAAUCAAGUCUGUCUUGGUAGCAUAAUGCAGCUGCCAACUCAUGGAACGGAGCCACGCACGAAAGAGGAAAUCUUGCUUCACGCAAAUGACUUUUUGGAGCAAUAUUUUACUUCCAUCAGAAGAUUAAAUAGCGAAGCACAUCGCACGCGUUUGGAGAGUGUGCAGAGAGAAGUGCAUUCCACCGGUACAUAUCAGUUAACGGAGACGGAACUGGUGUUCGGCGCAAAGUUGGCUUGGCGAAAUGCUGCGAGAUGCAUUGGUCGUAUACAAUGGUCAAAGUUACAGGUUUUUGAUUGCCGUUAUGUUACAACUACGAGCGGUAUGUUCGAGGCUUUAUGCAAUCACAUCAAGUACAGUACGAACAAAGGAAAUAUCAGAUCCGCGAUAACAAUAUUUCCGCAGCGCACUGAUGGAAAACACGAUUACAGAGUAUGGAACCAGCAAUUGAUCAAUUAUGCAGGGUACAAAAAUCCAGAUGGUACCAUUCUUGGUGAUCCUGCUAACGUAGAAUUCACGGAGGUUUGCAUAAAAUUAGGAUGGAAAGGGGCACGAACCAGAUUCGACAUACUACCAUUGGUUCUAUCUGCCAAUGGACACGAUCCAGAUUAUUUUGACAUUCCCAGCGACUUGGUACUCGAAGUAUCCCUUAGUCAUCCUACGUACAAUUGGUUUGAGAAAUUGAAUCUUAAAUGGUUUGCCGUCCCGGCCGUGUCUGGAAUGGUUUUCGAUUGCGGCGGUUUAGUGUUCCCCGCGGCACCUUUCAACGGCUGGUACAUGAGCACCGAGAUUGGCUCCAGAGAUUUAUGCGAUGCUCAAAGAUAUAACAUGCUCGAAACAAUAGCGACGAACAUGGGUCUAGACACAAGGACAUCCAUAUCCUUGUGGAAAGAUAAAGCGAUGAUAGAAGCUAACGUCGCGGUACUGCACAGCUUUCAGAUGAAGAACGUGACGAUCGUAGAUCAUCACACCGCUUCGGAAUCUUUCAUGAAACAUUAUGAAAAUGAGAUGCGUCUACGAAACGGCUGUCCCGCAGAUUGGCUGUGGAUCGUACCGCCAAUAUCUGGAUCCGCUACGCCGGUGUUUCAUCAGGAAAUGGCGCUUUAUCAUUUGAAACCCUCUUACGACGCUCAGGAUCCAGCGUGGAAAACUCAUGUGUGGAAGAAAGGACGCGACAAGAAAGCAACGUCGAAAAAACCAAGACGAAAGUUUCAUUUCAAGCAGAUUGCGAGAGCCGUAAAAUUUACGUCCAAACUGUUCGGACGGGCGUUAUCGCGUCGAAUAAAAGCGACCGUGCUGUUUGCCACGGAAACCGGCACGUCCCAAAUGUAUGCGGAAAAGUUGGGAGAGUUACUGGGUCACGCUUUUCAUUCCCAGGUUCUUUCGAUGGAGGAAUAUGACAUCAGUAACAUAGAACACGAAGCAUUGAUACUAGUGGUAACUUCCACUUUCGGAAACGGUGACCCGCCGGAAAACGGAGAGGCCUUCGCGCAAAAUUUGUACGCGAUGAAAAUGAACGACGCUUAUCUAAACAGCGAGAAUAAAAUCAGUUUAGCGACCUCGAAAUCAUUUAUCAAAGCUAACAGCCAAACGGAAGUGAGUGGGUCGAAGAAAUUGGAUCGACUAGAUUCCAUGCGUGGUUCUACGACGGAGUCGCAAACCGAGGAUACUUUCGGACCCCUCAGCAAUGUCCGGUUCGCUGUGUUUGCCCUGGGAUCGUCCGCGUAUCCAAACUUCUGUGCUUUCGGCCGUUACGUCGACAACUUGUUAGGCGAACUAGGCGGAGAGCGAUUGGCGCGUUUGGCCCAAGGUGACGAGAUGUGUGGACAGGAGCAGACCUUUCGGAAGUGGGCAGCUGAUAUCUUUGCGAUCGCAUGCGAAACGUUUUGCUUGGACGACGACGAUACGUUAUUGGAAGUAGCCUUGUCUCUGGGUUCUGAAGCGGUAUCUGCAGCCACAGUUCGUUUCGUAGAAGCCGAGCCUCAACCGAUCGCCAAAGCAUUAAACAAAUGCCACAACAGAAAGGUGACGAUGUGUAACAUGCUUCGAAGAACCAACUUGUGCGGCGACGAGUCCAGCGGAACGACAUUGCUCCUGGAACUGGAUGACAUAGUGGGCAUGGAUAUUUCUUAUAAACCCGGCGAUCACUUAGGUGUGUUUGCGUGCAAUCGAGCAGACCUUGUGGAGAGAAUCUUGCAACGUGUACAGUCUAACUUCGAUGCUGAUACAUCAAUCGAACUACAGAUGCAGAAACAAGCACAUACUCCCAACGGAAUUGUAAAAACGUGGAUACCUCACGAUAGAUAUUUACCAAAUUCCUUCAGGAUGCUGUUAACACGAUUUUUGGAUAUCACGACGCCGCCUACGCCGAAUCUAUUAAGAUAUUUCGCCUCGAUAGCUACAGAUCCAAAUGAACGGACGCAGCUUGAUCUUCUGGCCUCUGAUUCGGCAGCUUACGAGGAUUGGAGACAUUGGAAGUUUCCUAAUUUGGCCGAAGUUUUGGAUGAAUUUCCUUCAGUGACUCCAUUUGCUCCAUUACUUGUGCUUUAUUUAACACCCUUACAACCAAGAUUCUACAGCAUCUCAUCUUCUCCAAUUGUGCACCAGGGGCAAAUACACUUGACAGUUGCAGUAGUGCAAUAUCAAACGCAAAACGGUUCUGGACCAGUACAUUUUGGCGUUUGCUCUAAUUAUGUGCUGGAAAUAGCUGAGGGAGAAUUGCUAUAUGUGUUUGUGAGAAGCGCGCCAAACUUUUAUAUGCCGACGGAAACUGAGGCACCAAUGAUAUUGGUGGGACCAGGUACUGGAAUUGCUCCUUUCCGAGGUUUUUGGCAGCAUCGAUUUGCUCAGAUGAAACUUCAGCAUAAUCAAAAAUUUGGUAAGAUUUGGCUUUUCUUUGGCUGUCGUCAAAAGGCUUUGGAUUUAUACAGACAAGAGAAGAAAGAAAUGUUGGAGACCGGUGUUUUGGAUAAGGUGUUUUUAGCAUUGUCUCGAGAACCUGGUGUUAAAAAGACCUAUGUGCAAGAUUUGAUCCAAGCGGAAGCAUCUCAAAUUUACACAAUGGUAGUAUAUGAGCGCGGCCAUUUCUACGUUUGUGGAGACUGCACUAUGGCAGAAGACGUUUAUCAGACCUUGAAACAGAUCAUACAAACGCAUGGCCAAAUGACGGACAAAGAAGUUGAAGCAUAUAUGUUAACACUGAGGGAUGAAAAUCGUUACCACGAGGACAUAUUCGGUAUAACAUUACGCACCGCUGAGGUGCAUAAUCGAUCACGCGAGACUGCCAGAAUUCGGAUGGCCGCUGAACCAUAAAAAUAUAAAACUAAAACCCGAGAGUAAUUUUCGUUCGAAGGAUUGCUAUUGCAUUAAUAAUUACUGCAUAUAACAUGGAAUUCCAUAUGAGAAGCCUGUUUUAUUUACAAGAGUAGUGCUUGAGACUAAUCUCUCCAUUGGUAGGGCAUUUUAUCUGCUAUUUCGUGGAUUUGCAUACCCGCAUAUCCGGUCGUACGAAAUAUCACGCUGAAUACAUGUUCGCUGCACGUAGUAAUACAUAAGACAUGUGUGUAUAGAACUUAUUAAUUCUACCUGGUAUUCCUCUAACUAUGAAGAUCCCGACGCAGCGAGAUCCGGUUGUGGCUUCUGACUAACGUUGGCCAAUAGUUUUUUUAUUUCCGCUAUCGCCUUUCCAGGAUUCAGACCCUGUACAAAAUGUAUUUGCACUUUGAUUCAACAAUUUUUCAGCCUUUGAGCAAACAAUAAGUUUAACUCAAUAGUUACAAUUUUCUAAAUUUCGUAAUUGUUUCAUAAAUUUCUUAAGAAUUAUAUUGCAUAUUACUGCUUGUUUUUCACACAGUUUGUCUAAUUGUCAGAUUUCAAAUAAUUAAUUUAUUCUUGUUAUUUCUUUCUUUUACAUUAUGCAGCGUUCGAUACUUGUAAUUUUAUCAAAUAUAUAAGUGUAAAGGGACGUUAAUAAAAAAUGAGGAAUAAGAGUGAAAUUUAUUGAUUGAUUAGAAAAGUAAGAGCUAACAAUAAUCAAGAUCUGAGUAAUCAUCAAAAUAAGUUAUUAUCUACGCGCAACCAAUAGAUUUGCAUUUAAUAUAUUCCUAGCUAUGGUUAUAUUGAUAAUUUAAGUCCAUUUAAAAUUUAUUUGUUAAAUUGUGAGAAUUUAUUGUAUGUGUGCAAUCUUGAACGUUUGUAGACAACUAAAUUUUUUUUUAAUAGAAAACAGUGAAGAUUACUAAAACAUUUGUCAAGGAUAAAAUAAGUAGAAUGCAAAGUAUCAAAAAAUACACAAACUACUUAUAUAAUUUAGUUGAAGCAAUGUGAAUUACUCACCUUUGGGCAAGUCCGCGUACAAUUCAUGAUUGUAUGACAACGGAAAACUGAAAAUGGAUCCUUUAAUUUCUCCAAACGUUCCUUUGCACGAGUGUCUCGUGAAUCAAUAAUCCACCUAUAAGCCUAAGAAAAUAAUGAUAGUUGAGAGGCCUAGGAAAGAAAUGGUACAAGUGAAAAAUUCUAUAAGAUUAAGCUGAGCACGUCAAACGAUGUUACAUACAUUCUAUAUUGAUUGAUUUCUUACAAAUACAAAUAUGUAAGUCUACUUGUUAGAAAGAAAAUAAUGAUAUCUAGUUUUGUUUGAUGUGUUCAAAUUGAUUCUUAAAGAAUUUCUCACUUGCGUUUUUUUCUAAUUCGCUUGUUGAUUAUUGUUUCGUUAUAUAAUAUCAAAUUUUAAAAACAAUAUAAUAUCAAACGCACUUACUUGCAUAAGUACUGCAGGACCUAAAUACUUAUCACCGUUCCACCAAUAGGACGGGCAAGAAGUACUGCAGCAAGCACAGAGAAUACAUUCGUAGAGACCAUCCUGUAUCAAUCAAAAAUGGAAUUAUAUAUUUACUUUUAAAUCAGAUGUAAAUGUAAUUAAAACAGAAAAUCAAAUAAAUACAAUAAUCUCAUGCA